AUAGCUAGCGAGCGAGAGAUCGGACUCGGAGACAGAGCCAGAGGGUUUUACUCAAAACUCUUUGACUUUGUGGCAGCACUUGCAAAUGCAAGAAAGAUAUAUAUAUGAACCAGACGAGGAAUCUAGUCCAGCAUCUCUGACCCAACUACGAUUUUCUGUGCAGACAACAUGUCAUACAGGUUGUUUGAAGGCAUUACUCACGUUGAUCAUUACGUCAAAUUCAGACCCACAUAUCCUGCCGAGCUGUUUCACAAGAUAACAUCCUUCUUGAGUGAAAAGGUGCCCCCUCCCCAUCAGCUGCUUGUAGACGUUGGUUGUGGAUCUGGACAAGGGACCUACGGCUUGAGCUCACAAUUUGAACACGUCAUUGGGUUUGAUGUGAGCCCAGCACAGGUGGAGGCAGCAACAAAGGCAAAUACCGCCCCCAAUGUUGAAUUCAAAGUUUCCCCAGCAGAAGUUCUUCCCCUCGAAGACCAAUCAGUGGAUCUCAUUACAUGCUCUCAGGCUGUACAUUGGUUUGACUUUCACGCCUUCUGUGAGGAAUGUAGGCGGGUCUUAAAGCCAAGCGGAUGCCUAGCUAUCACCAAUUACGGAAACCCGAGGUUGGAUCACAAGAAUGAGGAUGUGAAGAAUAAACUGGACGAUUAUUUUGAUGAGCUUUACAAUAAAGAGCUUGGUUCGUACUGGAGUCCAAGGAGAAGACUUGUUGAGAAUAACCUGUCAGGUUUUGAGAUACCUUUUCCAGACUUUGUGAGAGAUGAUUCAUUGGAGCUGAGAUUACAGUGGUCAGUAUCUCACCUUAUCGGUUAUAUCCAGAGCUGGUCGGCCUACACAAAAUACCUCGAAAAUAAUCCAUCAGGAAAAAUUCUAGAAGAGUAUCAUAAAAAGGUCAUGUCAGCCGUGGCUAGUCCUGGUUCAUCAUCAGACGAUACGAUGGUUGAAGUAGUCGCUCGUCUGACCUUGCUCCUAGGUCGUGUUUCAUAAACCUCUUAGCCUGUUGACUACUGAAUUAUAUGAUUCCCAUAGGUUUUGUACAUGGAUCACUUGGUUCCAGUAGGCAAUGGGUUAAUUGACUACCGUAUUCUAUGAUUCCCAUAGGCUUUGUACAGGGAUCACCCAGUAUCAGUAGGCAAUGGGUUAACCUGUUGACUACUGUAUUCUAUGAUUCCCAUAGGCUUUGUACAGGGAUCACCAGGUUUCAGUAAGCAAUGGGUUAAUAUGUUGACUACUGAAUUAUAUGAUUCCCAUAGGCUCUGUACAGGGAUCACCCAGUAUCGGUAGGCAAUGGGUUAACCUAUUGCUUAUGAACCAGGAUUUAUCUGUCCUGUAAAACAUUUCACUAGUCCACAGUUUUAUCAAGAUUGCAAUGUAUUAUUUAAAAAAAUGCAAAGUGCCAAUGAAUUUGCUCUGAAAUAAUUGAAUGCAUUCAUCAUAUGAAACGGGUUCUAGAAAGUGCAGAGAGCCAAUACGUAUUCAGGUCACAUUGUUAGGUCUUCCCAUGAGGCCAAUGUUUACAUUUUUCUCCAUCAAAAUUAUUUUCUGCUUAGCUUAAUCUUAUAAAUCUUCAUUUUGGUUUAAAAUCAUUCCCAAAAUCACGUAGAUAGAUAUUAGUGAGUCAGAGUUUGGGGCUCUGUAUCCUUCUAUGUGGUUAAAAUGAGUGCAGUAUUUUCUAGUGUGUAUGUAUCAGAUUGCAAUGAAUAAAGAUCAGACCUAAGAGAAAAAUAUUUAGAUGUAGACAAACAUUUGUAACACUCGGCCUUUUGGACCCUCCAGACAUCUCAUUUCAUUUAUUCAAUACUUUCAUUAAAAGCACAUAACACUAUAGAUAUAUACAGACAUAAAGUAGUAUAGACAUAGGGAUAAAGAAAACAUAUAAAACAAGUUGGUAAUACAAAUGUACAAAUGAAAGUAUUAGGAGAGGAAGAAAGGCAUAGCCUUAUUUUAAAAGCCAAUCUCCAUAUUUUCAUACUCUUAAUUUCUUAAUUUAUCAAACUCUGCAUCUGUGUAAUUUGGAUGCAGCAUUGAAUUUAAUGUGUAGCUAUUUGCUUCAGGUACCUUGUCAAAAGUCAGUGCCAGGGGCGGACCCAGGAUUUUCCAAAAGGGGGCACAUUUUCCCCGAGGAAAAAUUUGACAAAAAGCAAAAAAAAAAAAAGGGCUUGACCUUCAAAAGGGGGGGCACACUUUUUGUUUUAACAGCAUUUUUACAUUACAAAUUUUAAUUGUGCCUCUCAAGGGGGGGGUGGCUGUGCCCCCCCCCCCCAGGAUCAUCCAGUGGUCUGUGCCACGUCUUUUAGCAGAGGGACGUGGGUUUGAAUCCUAGCCAUGAAGUGUUUUCCUUCAGCAGGAAAUUUAUCCACAUUGUGCUGCGCUCGACCCAGGUGAGGUGAAUGGGUACCCAGCAGGAUUAAUUCCUUGAAUGUACUGAGUGCUGAAAGGCAGCUCUCUAGCUAAAGCUUGGGUAAUAGUAAUAAUAUGUGCUUUACAAUAGAUUAUUUCUAGACAGAUGGUGCUAUAUAAAUGCAUAUCAUUAUGAUUAUAUUACUAUUAUUUCAUCUAUUCUCAAUAAGAUUCAUAUCUCCUCAAGGCUUAUGGAUAAUAAUAAUAUUUCUGAUGCUAAGACAUUGUUUAGUGUUAAGUUAUUUGUGAGCUUUUUCCCCCAAUGUAAUAUCAGUAUGCAUUGAAGUCAGAAAAGAAUCAUAUCAAUCAUAGAACUUCUACCUCAUCAGACAGUUAUGUUCAAAGAAAAUAUAGCCAUGAAUUUUUCAAUUUUUGUUGGUUAGCUACUUAUGUCAUUAGUUAUUUUGUACUUAAUCAUGUGUGAUGAUAAAGAAAUGUCUUCUCUCUGCAUUCAUUUGAAAUUUUGCUUUUAAGGAAGAGUUAAAGACACAAAAUGGUAGUACUUGUGCUCAUAAGAUUUCAAAAACUUUGAUUGCUAACUUGAGUUAAUUGGUCAAUUAUAGUGAAGACAAGGAAUCAGAGUUUGUCUCAGCAGCAACAUUGUCAAUGAUGCUAAAAUAAAAUUUUAUGUGCUGUAUUAUGUUUGUAUGGGCUUCAUAUUACGUUAUAGCUCUAAAAAUUUAGCAAUAGUAAUUUUAGGAUCGGAAAUUCUGUAUCAUAUUGGAAAGAUUAUCAUGAUAUAUAUUUUUGAUUAAAUCAAUAGAAUAAACUGUA